AAGUGAAAGAAGAAGGAACUCCCUUUUUUCUCCUGGAAGCCAGCCACGCUUCUGACUCCUGGUCAGUGCGUCUCUCUCUCUCUCUCUCUCUCUCUCUCUGAUAAAUAAAUAUAUUGUUUUCCCUUUAUAGCCUCGAUAAUAUUCUGUGGACAUUACAAGUCAGCAGGAAUCUUUUCUGUAUGUCACCUUCAAACUGGGAACCUAGGAUGUCAACACAUCCACGCUUAGCAGCCAAGCUAUAUGUGGAAUUAUGUCUGUCUCCUUAACAGAUUCUCCCAAGGACAGUAUGUGUGCACAUACAGCUUUACUCUACUAGGUGAUUGAAGUAAAAUAUGAAACUUUUACAAAUUUAAAUAAUCUAUUAAAUGUGAGACUAAGCAAAGCAUGAUUUGAUACAGUUAUUUGUAAACCUAGAGUUCGUGUCCUUAUUAUUUCAUUUAAUUUCUGCUUUGUUCCUUGGUUAAAGUGACCCCACAUGCAUUGUAUAUGAGUAGUUCUUAAAUAAUAUUUUAAUUCGGAUCAAGUACAUUAUAGAGUUUGUUUUGUAUUAUUCCAUUCUUGGAUAUAGUAUUUAACUGUAUACAUUAAAUAGUAUAAGAAGCAGCACUAUGUGGUAUUUGAAGUAUUGGGGAAAUAAUCAAAGUAAUUAAAGUAAAAAAGAUAAUAUUGACAUACACAUUUUUAUAUUUUUAGCAUCACUGUUGUCUUACAUUGUUUCUGUUGUCAUUCACAACAAUUUCAGAUGAGAUAAACAAGCCUCCUACUUUUUUCCUCAACCUUUAAAGAAAUUCAUAUAUCAGUAAGUAUGUAAGCCUAAUAGGCAUUAAAGAUUCUGUUCAGCAUAUUAAUGCCAAGUACAGGUAAGCAUACAAUCAUCUCUUAUGUAAUGUCUGUUGUGCAUGGUUAAUUCGUUCAAAGUUCAAAAUAAUUAUUAUUCACCAUCUGAAUCCAUCAUUAAGAUGCUGAAAUAUUCAGAGGUUGAGUUGUAGAGCACUUGUACAGAAAAUGUAGAUUUCAAAUUCAUUUCUCAGACUUUAUAAAGUUAGUAAGAAGGUCUUUAUAGGACUCAAAAAUAAUUAUAUGAUAAGAGUACAUAAUGAAGGAUAAAAGCAAAGAAAACAAAAUAUAAAAAAUGAUAAAAUGAAGAUAAAUCAAACUUGACCAAAUGGUAGUUCUUUGAAUAUGAAUUAAAAUAAAUUUAUAGCAUUGUAGUAGAAAUAUUUUAAUUUGUCAAAACUUAGCUAACAUGAAUUUUAAAGUAUUUCAUUUUAUCAUAUUUAAUUACAUAUAAAGUAACUGAAGUAAAAUAAAAGCAGUAUUCUUUUAAAUUUUCUUUUUUGCUUUCUGCCCACUUUUAUUCCAUUUUCAAACUCCUUUAAAACUUGCAACAUUAAUUGCUUAACAUAUUAAAAUUCCUUUUAUCAAAUUCAUUGAGGUUAAUGUAAAAUAAUUUAAUUGUUAUAGUACAUUAGUAUGUUUAAUUCCCAUGUGUGUGAUUUGUGGAUGGGUGUGUAUGAUCACGUACAGGUUUGGUCCUUGCGCCUGCAUCAAGGCCUUUGUACAUACUAGGAAAGUAUUCUCCCUUUGUAUCUCUAACUCUAAUGUUAACACCUUUAAAUUUUUAUUUUUAUACACCUAACCACAGUUUGCUCUCCCUUCUCUCCUCCCAGUUCUUCAUCUCACCUCUCCUCUGCCUAUACCCAUAUUUCUCAGUUGUUUUCUAGAAGAUGGCAUGCCUCCCAUGGAUAUCAACCAAAAUGGCAUAUCAAAUUGCAGUAAGACUAGGCUCCUCCCCUAGUUUUAAGACUGGACAAGGCAACCCACUAUGACGAAAAGGAAUGCAAAAAGCAUGUAAAAGAGUGAGGGACAGAGCCUGCUCCACUGCUAAGUCUCACAAGAAGGAAAUGCUAUACCUUGUAACAUGUAUGUAGAGGGUGUAGGUCAGUCCCAGGCAAGCUCCCUUGUUAGUUCAAUCUCAGUGAGCCUCUAUGAGGUCUGGUUAUUUGAUUCUGUGAUAUUUCUUGAGAUGUCCCUUACCCUUUUGGUUCCUACAAUUAUUCCUUGCCCUCUUCCACAGGAUUACCUGAGCCAUUCUGAUUGCUUGGAUUUUUGUCUUGCAUCUGAAUGAUAACACUUUUUAUGUUUUUAUAACAGACAGCAACUGUGAAAGAAUCUAAAAUACAGCCUCACUUGGAAAGACUCAGUCCUCCAAUUUGCAUAUUGCGGACACUCUUUCAUAUGAUUCAUUGUCAAAGUAAAUCAGAACUGAAUAAGAGAAAAUAAACUAUGAGCAAUAUGUUGGAAACAAUCUCUUUAUCUCCAAAAGAAAGGGUUGUUAUAAGGCUCAAACUCAAGUCAUAGUCUUGGUGGAGGCACCUUUUUCGGCUAAGUAACUCACCAAAUCCUGGCAAAUAAACUGUAGUAGUUAAACAUUUGUCAGGUACUUCCUACCUUCUACGACCAUGAUGCAUAACAAUAGUGUGACUGAAUUCAUUUUGUUUGGGCUGACACAGAAUCCAGUAAAACAGAAGGCAGUAUUUGGAGUCUUCUUGAUUCUUUACCUUAUGACUCUAAUAGGGAACUUUCUCAUUGUGGUGACCAUUAAGAUAAGUCAGACACUUGGGAGUCCCAUGUACUUCUUUCUUUUUUAUUUGUCCUUUGCUGACGCUUGCUUCUCUACAACUACAACCCCUAGACUGAUUGUGGAUUCCCUUUCUCAGAAGAAAACCAUUACCUACAAUGAAUGUAUGACUCAGGUCUUUGCAGCUCACUUCUUUGGUUGCAUGGAAAUCUUUGUGCUCAUCCUCAUGGCCUUUGAUCGCUAUGUAGCAAUCUGUAAGCCUCUAAGAUAUACAACUAUAAUGAGCCAGCAUGUCUGUGGUAUAUUAGUGAUUCUUGCCUGGGUUGGUUCUUGUAUCCACUCUUCAGCACAGAUUUUCUUGGCUUUAAGUCUACCAUUCUGUGGUCCAAAUGUGAUUGAUCACUAUUUCUGUGAUUUGCAACCAUUACUGAAACUUGCCUGUAUGGAUACCUAUGCUAUAAAUUUGUUAGUUGUGUCUAAUAGUGGUGCCAUAUGCAUGGUAAGUUUCAUACUACUGCUUAUCUCCUAUAUUGUCAUUUUAUACUCUCUGAGAAACCACAGUGCAAAAGGAAGACGAAAGGCACUUUCUACUUGUACUUCUCAUUUCAUUGUGGUGGUCAUAUUUUUUGGUCCCUGUAUAUUUAUCUACACACGUCCACCAACUACUUUUCCAAUAGACAAGAUGGUGGCUGUGUUUUAUACAACUGGGACACCUUUGCUCAACCCUCUUAUCUAUACUCUAAGGAAUGCAGAAGUAAAAAAUGCCAUGAAAAAAUUAUGGUGUGGUAAAGUAUGACUUCGGUUGAUAAACAAUACUUGGCAAUUCUAGUGUAUAGACCCUUAAGAGUUGAGUUUUGAUACAUAGCCUGGAGAAUUAAAAUAUUUCUGAGAGUCUAUAGUUAAUAUAUCUGUCUUGUGUAUAUGUAUAUAAACAAUAUCCUGGGACCAGUGAGAUGCCUUAAUAGUAAAUGUUCUUGUCCUCAAGCCUGAUGACUUGAAUAUAAUCCUUGGAACCCACAAGGUUAAGGAGAGAAUAAACUCCCAUAAGCUGUCCAGUGACCUCCUCACUUGUGUCAUGUUGGGUACAGACACAUAAAUAAGUAAACACAGAAGUACAUGAAAUAAGAAUUCUGAAAGUCGUAAUCUGAUUCAAUCUUCAAUAUAGAUAGAAAAUUAAUCAUAUACAUGUACAUAUAGAUAGGUAAAUAAUUAAUUGGCAAAUAAUUGCAUAUAAGUGAAAGUAUAUAUAUUAAUUACUUUUAAAGAUUUUAUUCUACUGUAUUUUAAACACAUUUAUAAGAAACCAUUAAAAGCAAACUUUUCACUUUGCCAAGCUAAGGAUUAAAAGGAUGAUUUUAGAAACAAUAAUCUGUGUACAUUCUUACCUCGCUGGGCGAUUUACAGUGAUGGACAAUUGAACUGUAGUAAAAACUUGAAAAUACACCUGAACCCAGACUUUCCCCCAAAAAGUUAAUUGACCUCCUGUGGAUGGUGGUGGGAGGAGCCUUUCACUUGGAUGUGAACUGGAGUGUUUUUCACAUGUCAUUGGAGAAGUAGGGCUAGGAAAGGGGAAAUUUAGGCAGCUUGAAUAUACAGAUCAAGAAAGAAUAAUAUUGUCUAAUAGGGUGAAAGACAGACACAUAAGGAUAGAGAGGGGUGGUUGGGAGAGGCAUAGAAAGACUUAUUCUAUCUGGGUGGAGAGAAAGAACAUCAUCAUCAUCCUUAUUGCUUAUUUCAGCUAUGUGAAUAUUUGGAGGAAGAAAUGAACUUUCUGGUUAAGAACACAUUGUUAACCUGGAAUAGGUUAACUUCUUAGUACCCCAUGAGUACCAGAAAUGACACAGAGAACAGGAUUUGUUUUCUGGCUUUAAAUAGUUCAUGAAAAUUUAUAAUUUAUAUUUCAAAGAGAGAAAGUCAAAGCUAGAGUUUACCCCCCUUGGGCUUUUCACUAUUUGAAUAUUUUAAAAUGUGUAAUUUCAUUUUCCAUAUAAUUUAAUCAAUAUUAUUGUAAUUCACACUCACUCUGAAGUUCUUCCUCUCACAAUAAAAUAAAGCUAUGCUUUUUCACUGUCUCAGGUUAUAAAUUAUAUUGAUACCCAAAAAUACCACAUCAAGUGAUAAUGAUCUUCUGGAAAUCAAUUCAUUGAUAAGAAGCUUGGUUAACAUGCAGAAGGCCCUGGAUUCCAUCCUGAGGAAAAAAAAACAAGGAAACAAAAUAUAGGAGGUGAUGAAAAAGGCAGUGUUCUGUGUCAAUAGAGCAUUUCCCAUUUGAACAUGGGGGUUAUCACGUCACAAAUUUUUCAAAUAAUUUCAUUAUGAACAAUUGAUAGCAGAGUAGGCAUUGAUACCUCCUAUUCACAGAUGUCAGUUUUGUCUAUAUACUUUACAGAUAAAUAUUCAUAAUUUUUAUUAUUUUAUGUCCUUGAUUUUUGUUUUCAAUACCCAUGGAGAUUUUUAAAUAUAAUUGCUUUUAAGUAAGUCAUAAAACAAAUAAACAUUUAUUUCUUA